AUGAUAAGACAUUUCGAAUAUUUUGCUGGUGAACGACGUCUUCUUCAAAUAGCCUCACUCUCUUUUUUGAAAGAUACACGUCUUGGAAUUGAUGGUGCACAUUGGUUACGUAAACUAUUGCAAACAUGUGCUAAAGAGCCUGCUAUUGCUGCAUUAGGAGGUAUUCCGAUUGGACUUAAGAAUGCAAUUGAAGAAGAAUUGCAACAAUUCAAGUUGCAUGGAAUUACACCAGUUUUUGUGUUCAAUGGACUUAGUAUAAUUCGUAAGGAUAAACCAUUUUCUUCGGAAGAUACAAGACCUUCUAAACGAGCACAAGCAUGGGACCUUUACGAAAAAGGAAGGAUGGAUGCAGCUUAUAGUAAUUGGGUGGUUUCUGGUUCUAUUCACCAGCCUGAAUUAUUAUAUUUUGUAUUUAAAAUUUUAAAAGAGAAUGAUGUGGAAUUUAUUCGAGCACCAUAUUUAGCUUGGGGUCAGCGAAAUCCUAAAGGUUACAUUCAUGCUAUAUAUGGUAGCUCAGAACUUUUGAUGUACAAUGUUGAAAAAGUUAUUAUAAGUUUGGAGUUGGAAAAAGAUAUAUAUACUUGGUAUAACAAAAAAACUAUUUUGCAUGAACUUGGAAUUACUGAUGAACAAUUCUUGGAUGCCUGUGUUCUUGCAGGUUUUGAACAUUGUGGUACCUUUCCACCGCUUAACGUUGAAUAUAAUAGUUUCCACUUUAAGAGUGUGCUUGACCUAAUCAAACAGUAUCGAACUGGUUUUAAUGCAGUACAGAACUAUGCGGAACAUCAAGGUGUUAUAAAGACAAAUUAUGUUGAAACAUAUUGUCGCACUCAAUGUGCAAUAAAGUAUCAUAUGGUAUUGACAGAAGAAGGAAAGGUUGAACCUUUAAAUUCUGAAAACUCUCCAAGUGACAUUCAUGAUGUUAUUGGUUAUCGUUUACCUGAUGAGAUUUAUUAUUAUUUAUCAAGAGGAUUGAUGUCACCACAGGUUAUCAAUACUUUGAUAUCAGGAGUUUUAAUUGAAAACCCUCCUUUAUGUAAUGGAGAAACACAAGAAUAUCGGCAAUUUCUCAACCAACUAUUAGAAAUUAGAACAUAUGCAAUGGGAUUGCUUACUCAACCUUUACAUCAAUUUUAUCAAUCUAGAAAAGUUAUAAGUGUAUAUUGGUUCGAACCAAAUAAUGAACAUACUUUAAAUCAUAAUGUUGUGCCAAGUGUGCAUGACACUUUGAAUACUUGGAAUGUCUUGGAAAAGAGCUUAGAGGAAGAAAAGAAAGCACAAAAUACUCCUCUUAUCAAUCUUGCUUUCUGUUUAAGAGCAACAAUGACAGAAAGUCAAUCUUCUAAGACUAUUAUGCCCAAAAAUAAUGAUAAAAUGAUUGAAUCAAAAGAUGAGAUAUUAUCAAAUGUAUUGUGGAAACUUUUAGAAUUGAGAAAGUUUUUGACAUCAUCCCAUACACAAACAGCAUGGGGUGUUGCCUUUACUAAAGCUCUUAAACCAGUUGAUUCUAAAUCUGAACAAUAUAUUGAGCAAUUAUUUUCAGCAUUGGAAUUAAUUAGAUUUGGAUAUUUAAAUGGUAAUCAUUAUAGUAAAGGAAAAUCUUGGAAUGGGCCAUUAAAUAGGGAACUUUUGGCAUUUAACAGUUUUUUAAAAACUUUAAAUCGAUCUUUACGGAAUCUUUGUGAAAUGUUGACUUUAUCAAUGUUUUUGAAUGGAGAUUGUUUAAAAGAACGAAAUGAUUAUCUUGAUAUUGCAUUAAGUCUACCAUUUUUGUUUGAUGUCAAUACUGGAUUGGGUAUAGUUGCAAAAACAUAUUUAGAAAAUAUUAUAAGUUCAUCGAAAGAAAAUGAAGAUAAAAGUGAGUCCAGUUCUAAGAUUGCUAGUUCAAUUAAAAAACUUGAAGAAACAUUUACAUCAUGUGUUGAUGUAAAAUCUGACUUGUUGAAUGGAUUUUCUUUUUGGGAUCAAAUUAUUGUGGCAAUUAAUUCUCUCAAAGCUAAUGGAACUAUUUCGGAUGAUCUUUCUACACAAUUCUUAAAAGCAAAUGAAUGGUUAUCAACCAAAAGACCAUAA